AUGUUUGGCUCGGAAGCAUUGGCAUCGAACGACGUCGGUCCUUCGGUCGCAGUCGGGCUCGUCGUUGCCCUCACCUCGAUGGCGCUUCUCCUGCGCAAAUGGCUCUACCAGGCACGGCCGCUCACGCCCGUGGCGGGCGACCGCAUCGUCUCGCUGGCCAACGACCGGCUCAUGCACACGAUCGUCGUGCCCGCGGCAGCGCCGACAAACACGCUCGUGCUUAUCCGUGCCCGGAAACCCCGGUCCGGCUCGUUCGAGGUCGUCGGCCUCUCGCACACGGGCCACUCGAUGCCGUGGCUGCACCGGAACGGGACCUUUGACCUCUCGACGCAGAUAUCGGACAAGAUCGC